UGCUGUACACAGCCAUGCAAAGCAGUGUGCAGUUGUCAAUCACUGGGUCCCGGGUGAAACACACCCAGCACACAGUUAACCCUUUGAUUGCCCCUCAUAUUAACCCCUUCCAGCCCAGUGCCAUUAGUACGGUGUCAGUGGGUUUUUUUUUAGCACUGAUCACUGUAUUGGUGUCACUGGGGAUGUCAGUGACACCAAACCAGUUUCCCCAGUGUCAGAAUGUCCGCCUCAGUCCCGCUAUAAAUCGCUGAUUGCUGUCAUUACUAGUAAAAAUAAAAAAACCAAAUCCCAGUAUAUAUACCGCCA